UUCUGUUGAGUUACCACCUUCUGAUGUUCGUAAAUCCGAGGCCCCCUCUUCAGCAUCGGUGCCCGCGGGUGGUUCAGCAUCAACAGUGCAUGCUGAAACAUUGGUGGCAAUGCCUGUGCUGCAACAGCAUGGAGAGGUGUUUGUCGGCCCAGGAUCGAAGCGCGAAGCGCAGUUACUGGGUUUGGGUCUAACAAAACUGAGUUCCAGAAGAAAAGACGACCUUCAUCUAGCUAAACGUUACGCAAUGGAUGUUUCGAUUAAACAGAUCAUGCUGCGUCAGCAAAAGGCUCAUCACGAAAAUCAACAAAAACAAGCGAUGUAUGCGCAGGCGCUCUCACUUAUGGCACGUGUAUACAUAGGAUCGAUAUCGUUUGAAGUCAGGGAAGAAAUGAUAAAGAAGGCUUUUGAAGUAUACGGUCCGAUCAAAAGCAUCAACAUGAGCUGGGAUCCAACCACCGGACAUCACAAGGGGUUUGCGUUCCUAGAGUUUGACGUGCCAGAAGCUGCUCUCCUUGCUCAGGAAUCUAUGAACGGACAGCUUAUGGGCGGAAGAAAUCUGAAGGUCGGUCGUCCUUCUAACAUGCCACAAGCACAGCCCAUCAUUGAGAUGGUGCAACAGGAUGCUAAGAAAUAUCACAGGUGA